GUUUGUGGGGGUGCGGAUUCUCUUCAAGACAGCCGCCCACCUCAAAGAUCCCGCCUGUGUGUAUGUGAGUGUGAAUAGUGAGGGUCUCCCGUGGCCGCCUCGGUGGAGACACAGAGUGCUGAGGAAGUGGUGCUGAAAGGGACAGCUCCCUCCUCGCCGCUUCCCAAAGCAAAAAGCGGGGACCUUUUCACCUUGGAUCCGAAUGGGAGCUGGCUCCUGGUUUAGACCAGAGUCCUCGGUGCGAUGUUGGAGGUUUCCUAGCAGCAGGUGGAGGAGAGGGAGGCUCCUUAGUCUUCGGGCGCUGGCUGCCAAGGGCGAGGAAAGGGCCACCUGAAGAGGGCAGCGAGGAAGGAGGCCAGCCAGCCCGCCGCCCCAACAAGUUGAGAUCCACGGACCGGGAGCCGCUCUCCUUCCACCAAGUCAUGUCUGAGCCACCACCGCGAUGGGGAAGCUCGAGGACAACGAGAGGGUGAUCCUCAACGUCGGGGGCACCAGGCACGAGACCUACCGGAGCACCUUGAAGACGCUGCCGGGCACGCGCUUGGCUCUGCUGGCCUCCCAAGGCGAGUCCCCUUCCGGCGGAGGAGGAGGCGGAGGCGCCAUCGGGGAGGACCACCACCACCACCAGCAGCAGCACCUCCACGACCACCACCAUCAUCCCCAUCAGCACCACCCGCCGCCCCUGCCGGCCCCCAACCCCGGCCCCAACCCGGGCGCCGUGGUGGGCCCCUUGGAGGGCCUGGGGAGCAGCUGGGGCCCUCGCGGCGGCCAUGAGGUGGUGGCGGCGGGGGCGGCCGGUCCGGGGGCGCCUUCCUCCUCCUCGUCGUCCUGCUGCGAGUUCUUCUUCGACCGGCACCCGGGCGUCUUCGCCUACGUGCUCAACUACUACCGGACGGGGAAGCUGCACUGCCCGGCCGACGUCUGCGGGCCGCUCUUCGAGGAGGAGCUGGCCUUCUGGGGCAUCGACGAGACCGACGUGGAGCCCUGCUGCUGGAUGACCUACCGCCAGCACCGCGACGCCGAGGAGGCGCUCGACAUCUUCGAGACGCCCGACCUCAUCACCGGGGAGCCGCCCCUCGAGGCCGACGACGACGAGGACCACCUCCACCACCAUCACCACCACCACCAAGGGGCCUCCGCCACCGCCAAGCGCCUGGGCAUCGAAGACAUAGGCGCCGGGGGCGGCGGGGCCUCCUCCUCUUGCUCGGGGCCCAACGGGGCGACCCUGGAUGGGCGCGGAGGGCGGUGGAGGAGGCUCCAGCCCCGCAUGUGGGCCCUCUUCGAAGACCCCUACUCCUCCCGCGCCGCCAGGUUCAUUGCUUUUGCCUCUUUAUUCUUCAUCCUACUUUCAAUCACAACGUUUUGCCUGGAAACCCAUGAAGCGUUCAAUACCAUCAAGAACAAAACAGAGCCAACUAUCAAUGGUUCCGAGGUAGUUCUACAGUAUGAAAUAGAGACGGAUCCUGCUCUGACAUAUGUUGAAGGAGUCUGCGUGGUGUGGUUUACUUUUGAAUUUUUAGUUCGUGUUGUUUUUUCACCCAACAAACUUGAAUUCAUCAAGAACCUCUUGAAUAUCAUUGACUUCGUGGCAAUUUUGCCCUUCUAUCUUGAGGUGGGCCUCAGUGGGCUCUCCUCCAAAGCUGCUAAGGAUGUCCUCGGUUUCCUCAGGGUGGUGAGGUUUGUGAGAAUCCUGCGAAUCUUCAAGCUCACCCGACAUUUUGUCGGCCUCAGGGUACUGGGUCACACCCUCCGAGCCAGCACUAAUGAGUUUUUGCUUCUGAUAAUCUUUUUGGCAUUAGGAGUGUUGAUAUUUGCCACCAUGAUCUAUUAUGCAGAACGAAUAGGUGCCAGACCCAAUGACCCAUCAGCUAGUGCACACACAGAGUUCAAGAACAUUCCUAUUGGUUUCUGGUGGGCUGUGGUCACAAUGACCACUCUUGGGUAUGGAGACAUGUAUCCAAAGACUUGGUCAGGCAUGCUAGUAGGUGCGCUGUGUGCUUUAGCAGGGGUACUUACCAUAGCCAUGCCCGUGCCUGUUAUUGUCAACAAUUUUGGAAUGUACUAUUCUUUGGCUAUGGCAAAACAGAAGCUUCCUAGAAAGAGAAAGAAGCAUAUCCCACCUGCUCCUCAGGCAAGCUCCCCUAUAUUUUGCAAGACAGACUUGAACAUGGCCUGCAAUAGCACACAGGGGGAUGUUUGUCUAGGCAAAGACAAUCGACUGAUGGAACACAAUAAGUCAGUGUUAUCAGGUGAAGACAGUACAGAAAGUGAGCAGCCACUGUCACCUGUGGAAAGGCUCCCACCAAUCAGACGCUCUAGUACCAGAGACAAAAACAGAAGAGGGGGAACAUGUUUCCUACUGACAGCAAGUGAUUACGCGUGUGCUACUGAUGGAGGGAUCAGGAAAGGCUAUGAAAAAUCCAGAAGUUUAAACAACAUAGCUGGCAUGGCAGGCAAUGCCUUGAGACUGUCUCCAGUAACAUCACCCUACAGCUCACCUUGUCCUCUAAGACGUUCUCGAUCUCCCAUCCCAUCUAUCUUAUAAAAUAGAUGACUUCUAUCGGCAACAUAACUAAAAGUGAAGUGCUGUUUUUCACCUAAUGGAAACAAGUAUAACAUUAACUGUAGGUUCCACUAAAACAAGUAUAGACCAUUAUAUAAUGGUCAGUAGCAAGCAAUGCUGCUUGGGUAGCUGAAGACCUCAGUUUUGCUUACAAACUCCUAAAAUAGUAUUUCCCCCAACCUGCUUUUUUCCGACACAGCAAUAAAAGGACAGUUAGUAACUUCACUGGCUAGUAUAAUUAAAUAAGCCUAUUUUCAGGGAUUUGUUUUUAAAUCAGUGUGCUUCCAGUUGAUAAUCACUUCAUUGGACCUUCAUUUCUUGUGACCCGAACCCAUUCUGAAGACAUCUGGACUAUUGUCUUGAUUGCAUACAAUUUGACUUCAGUCUGAUCAUUUGCAUGGACCAUCCUGUCUCCAUCAUCUGAAAUCCGUCUUGCAAAUUAACCAGGACCGCAGAUGGCUCAGGAUUUUGUGGGUUUGUUGUGUUUCUUUUUCUUCUCCCUUCAUUGUAUCAUCUCACUGAAACCACAGCAAUGAUCAACAGGUCUGCAUGCGGGGUUGGGUUGUUUCUUGUUUUUCUUUCCCUUUUUUGGACCUCUUUGAUUUAUUUUUAACUUGCUUUGUCAAUAACGUUACUUCUUGAUUUAUUAAGUUUGGUACUAGACUAAUGUAUCAGAGUUCUGAAUGUUUCCGGUUGUUUGCACACAGAUAACUGCAAAGAGGUUGUCAUUACUGGUUACACGCAAGCAGAGGCCAGAUCUCUUUCUUAAUGGCUUGGGGAAGGCACAAAACAUGAAAGAAAGGUAAACACCAUCCAGGGUUGGAGUUUUAAGUUAGCAAGUGCUGCUUCGUUCUACAAUCCUUUCUCUCCUUCAGGGUUCUUCAACAUUUUCAGAGACAGAGUGCCCAGUGAAAGCAAGAACUCUAUGGAAGGCUGUCUUUCUUUUUGUUUAUGAUACCUGGUUUUGUUAUAGCUGUAGGAGGGCAAUAUAUUUCCAGAGGGGUUUUUGACCAGCCUCAAACCUCUUAACUCCAAAGCUUUCACAAUUUUAUUUUUUGCUCUCAAUGCUUUCCCUCCGUAUGAUUCUUGGUCCUAUGUGUUGUUUCCGUCUGCCUGCCUGCCUGUCCGGCUUCUUGUCCUGUCCCAAUUUCUCAUCUGUCUCCAUUAAGCACAGUUGCCUUCUUCAGAAAUGCUCUCUCCAUACAAGAUUAGCUGCUAAAAGCAUUUCCUUCCUUCCCUCACUUUUUUGAUAUAUGUAUCUCUAUGCAUAUUUCAAGAAUAAUUGUAUAUCGUUUUAGUGGGCACCUCUUCGACAUUUCCCCCGAAUGUUGGAUUCAGUAGUGGUUUUUAUCAUUUCAGUAGGGUGGCUGCUUCAAUCCCACUCCUUACCAAUCUGCAUUCAUUCUUGUGUUCGGACUUUACUCCCUACACUGCCUUUUUCUUUACAAUGAAACAAGAUGGCUUUGUUUAUGCAACAUCAUGAAUGCAGUCACAAGUAGGAUGUUUCGGGCUGGUGAGGAAAAACACCCAACAAUAUAAAAGCCUUAGAGAAAUAGAAGAUGGAAAAAAACAUAGAGAUCCUAGAGAUUGUUAAAAAAAAAAUCCCUGAAUUUUCCAUGUUGUGUUUUGUUAGGAAAUCGAUUUUAUUUAACCAUGUAAUAUAUUAUUCUGUAUAUAAGAUAGCAUGAACUGUAUGUGAGAAUAUUCCUGUACAAAAUGUAUUUAUCAGUACUUACAUUUCUGAUAUUUAGAGAUGUACAUUGAUUUAGUUUUUGGUAAAGAGCACUGGAGGACAGAUAUUAAUGUAAUUUAUAAUACUUAGUAUGCAAAUAGAUUCUAGAGCGGGAAUUAACAUCUGGUGCUGCUGUUAUUGGCUACAGUGUUAUACCGAAUUUAUCAUGGAUUUUUGACUGCUGAAAAAGGGACAAUGGAAUUUAGCCAUACCAAGGAUUGUGCUGGAAAGAGACUGCUC